AUGGACCCCCAGUCACAGGGGCCCCCAAUCUGUGGUCCCCAGUCUGGGGAGCCCCAGUCCAUAUGGCCCCCAGUCUUAAUGGUCCCCCGUCACAAGGGCCCCAGUCUUAAUGGUCCCCAGUCACCAAGGGCUGAUCUUAAUGGACCCCCGUCUGGGGCCCCAGUCAUAAUGGUCCCCAGUCACAAGGAACUGAUCAUAAUGUCCUGGGGCCCCGGUCUUAAUGGUCCCCAGUCUAGGGCCCCAGUCAUAAUGGACCCAGUCUGGGGCCCCAGUCAUAAUGGUCUGGUCUGGGGCCCCAGUCAUAAUAGUCCCCAGUCUAGGGGCCCCAGUCAUAAUGGUCCCCCAGUCACAGGGCCCCCAGUCUUAAUGGUCCCCCCAAGUCACAAGGGCCCCAGUCUUGUGGUCCCCGAUUUUAAGGGCCCCAGUCUUAAUGGUCCCCAGUCACAAAGACUGAUCUUCACAGUCUGGGGCCCCAGUCUGUGGUCUAGUCCACAGGAUUUGAUCAUAAUGGUCCCCAGUCACCAGGGCCCCCAGUCAUGGUCCCCAGUCACAGGGGCCCCAGUCCUGUGGUCCCCAGUCACAAGGGCCCCAGUCAUAAUGGUCCCCCCAGUCACAAGACCUUUGAUCUUAAUGGUCUGUCCCUGGGGCCCCCAGUCUGUGGUCCCCAAUCCUAGGGGCCCCAAUCAUAAUGGUCCCCCAGUCUAG